AUGUCAAAAGCCAGAGAUUCAGAACUGGGGGCCACCCCACCAUCUCCAGAUAGCCCCAGUCAGGCUCCCAGUGUCCAGGAAGUCGAACUCAAGGAAGAUCAUGACACGUUCAUCGAGAGUCUACCGCCUAUUGUAGACGAGAAGAAGGUGAUUCGAAAGAUUGACAUGAGAAUCAUCCCUAUUCUGUCCCUUCUCUACCUCAUGUCGUUUCUAGAUCGAGGCAGCAUCGGUAAUGCCAACAUUGAGGGAUUGUCUGUGGACCUGGGCCUGACCGGUGCUCAGUACAACAUGUGUCUGACAGUCUUCUUCUUCACCUACUCGGUCUUUGAAGUACCCUCCAACAUGAUGCUUAAGAAACUAAAGCCAUCCAUCUGGCUGCCUACCAUCAUGGUUGCCUGGGGCAUCGUGAUGACUUUGAUGGGCAUUGUUCAGAACUAUGGAGGACUUUUGGCUGCUCGAGUCUUUCUGGGACUCACCGAAGCCGGACUUUUCCCCGGUGUCAGUUAUUACCUCACCCUGUGGUACUGUCGACGAGACAUUCAGUUCCGGACAGCCAUGUUCUUCUCAGCAGCGUCUGUGGCAGGUGCCUUCUCCGGACUAUUGGCUUUUGCUAUUGCGAAAAUGGACGGCGUGGGGGGACUUGAGGGAUGGAGAUGGAUUUUUAUUCUGGAAGGCAUUGCGACCGUGGUCAUUGCCAUCUUGGCCUUCAAGCUCGUGGUAGACUUUCCCGACACAGCCAGCUUUCUCAACGAGCAGGAACGAGAAUGGGUCAUUUGGAAGCUCAAAUACGACACUAACAAGAGCAAAAACGCCGUCCAACCGCCUGUACUGGUUGAAGAGAACCACGACACAACCUGGGCAGAGGUCCGAAAAGCCUUCAAAGAUCCUCAGCUCUACCCCCAGACACUGCUCUAUGCUGCAGUGCUUGUGCCUCUCUACGGAGUGUCACUGUUCCUCCCUACCAUUGUCAAGAACCUCGGAUACACGUCUUCCAAAGCCCAGUUGAUGACAAUUCCAAUCUACACUGUCGCUGCCAUUGCUUCUGUCUUGCAGGCAUGGGUGUCUGAUAAGUUUGGUUUGCGGUCACCUCUACUGGUGGUCAACUUCUGUUGUAUGUUCAUCGGAUACAUGCUGGCCAUGAACGUGUCUGCAGUAGAUAACCCCUCAGCCACAUAUGCUGGUUGCUACUUGGUAGCUCUGGGCCUGUACCCUGGUAUUCCUGGUAUCAUCUCCUGGCUCUCUAACAACACUUCAGGAGCUUACAAACGAGGCGUGUCUAUGGGAGUGCAGAUUGGUUUUGGAAACCUCUGUGGAGCCAUUGCGUCUCAGAUCUACCGAGCCGAGGACGCCCCACAGUUCAAACUCGGCCACGGAAUCGAAGUCAUGUUCAUCUGUCUUGGUUUCAUCUGUAUCUUUGUUCUCAACAUCGGCUACUACAUUGUCAACAAGAGAAAGAGACGUAUGAUUGCCGAGGGCCAGUGUGGACACUACACGGCCGCAGAGCUUUCUCAAAUGGGUGACAAGUCGCCCUACUUCAUCUAUGCUCACUAA